AUGUUACUUGUCAUAUUGUUGGGCGCUGUCGUCAAUGGGGUGAUUCCCUUCGAACGCUCUAUUGCUGAAAUUAAUGAAAUGCAUAACGUUCAUCAUUUACUCUACCAAGGCGACAUUUUGCUGACACCUGAGCAUGCGGAACAGAUUGCUAGAGCCACAAACGGAGGGGAUCGUGAGGAAGGACAACGCAUGAAACGUCAAGCCAGUGCAUUCAAGAAAAUGCCGUCAAAACUUUGGUUAGAAGGAGUGAACUACCACUUCGCGACAAGCAUCAAGGAUAACAUUAGGAACGCAUUCGCUAAAGCAGCAAAGCUAUGGGAAAGCAACACCUGUAUCAAUUUCACAGAAAAUCCUUCAGGUGAAGAUUAA